CAUUGACAUCUGGAACUAAAGAAAAAAAAAACUAGAUUUUAGAAUGUGUAUGUUGUGGAAUAAAAAUUAAAGAAAUUGCAUAAAAUAAUUACAUAAACUGGUCUGUAACACUAUUGGUGUAUAAAGUUUGCAAUAUGUUUCUAACGAACAUAUUAAUGAAGAAAGCGAAAAGCAAGCUUGUGAUGGUGUUGAUGGAGAGUGCUGUGAGUGGUCAUAAGUUCGUCACAAUCAGAGAAAGGCUUGCUGACAAGUUGGAGUUGAUGCGCUUUGAUCCUUACAUUCAACAUGAGAGCCUUUACAAGGAAAGGAAGAAAAUCAGGAGCAUCAAGUCAAGUUAGGUAAUUCAUAUUUUAUUCUAGUGGGUAGAAAUAAUAGACAGUGGUAUAUUUAAAAUGUUAUAAUUUAGUUAUUGUACUUUAAUCAAUAAACAAAUCUUUGGA